AUGGCCUCCGAUAGCUCAUUUAUCUCAUUCGGAGGUGCCAAUUCUGGAUUCCAGGUUGGUGUCAAUCAUGGGACGAUUUUGAACUCUUUCCGAGAUCAAGAGGUAUCCGAAGGAGCUCUCAGACAAUUUUAUAUGGUUCCUUUUAGCCGUAAUUCCAACUUCGUCGCCGACGAGGAAAUCUUGGAUCAAAUCCAGAAGCUUUCCACGCCAGGAUCUCGAACAGCACUUGUUGGGUUGGGAGGUAUUGGAAAGACACAGGUUGCUCUUGAGUACUGCUAUCGAGUCCGAGAUCAAUCGCCAGACACAUCGGUGUUCUGGGUCCAUGCGAGCAGCGCAGCCCGUUUUCAACAGAGCUAUCGGGAACUUGCCGGUUACAACAGGAUUCCCCACCGCGCUGACCCUGAUGCAAAUAUCUUUAAAUUAGUACACGACUGGAUCAGCGACAAACAGGAGAGAUGGAUCCUCGUUUUGGACAAUGUUGACGACGAUACCCUCUACCCUUUAUCGGGAAAAAACCAAGAGGAUAAUGUGGUCGAUGAAUUCGACGCUUCAAAAACGCCGCUUGAAGCAUACAUUCCUUCUAGUGAUUAUGGAUCGAUCAUUAUAACUACACGCAGCAUGCGCGCGGCAUUGAGGACUACAGAGUAUCGCAAUAUCAUUCUAAUCGGAGAAAUGAAACAAUCAGCGGCACAUACUCUCCUAAAAAACAUGCUAGGCUCAAAGACAAAAGAUGAAGAAGCCAUAAUUCUUUUACAACAAUUAGGCCAUCAUCCACUUGCAAUCGCUCAAGCCGCUAGCUACAUUCGGACUCAAUCACCUCUGAUGAGCAUAUCGAAGUAUCUAGAACUUUUCCAGAAAAGCGAGCACGAACAGACCGAACUACUUAGUCAAGAAGCUGGCUUUUUGCACCGUGACUGGGAUCAAAGUAAAUCAGUCUUAACGACAUGGCAAAUCACCUUUGACUAUCUACAACAGAUAGCCCCAUCGGCUGUGGAACUAUUGUCUCUGAUGAGCUUUUUUGACCCGGAUGGAUUCACCGAAAACUUGCUCCGAAGUCAAUCCGACGAAAAUCAGAGCAGUUUUGAAACUAGGAAAGACAGUGAUUCAGAUGAUCAUGACCUUUAUUACUGGUCAUUCGAGAAAGAUCUGUUUUUACUACGAGAUUACUCACUCGUUUCAAUUCAGGCAAGCGGUAAAAUAUUUACCAUGCACAGGUUGAUUCAACUUGCAGUGAAGACCUGGCUUAGAAACCAAAACCAGUCUGAGAUUUGGAAGACGAAAUUUAUCGACAAUUUGUGCCGCGAAUUCUCACUAGAAGACUUCGACAGCUGGGAGAAAUCGCAAUCCUUAUUUCCCCAUGUGAAAGUGGCAAUGUCCCAGCGUCCUACCAUCGACUCAUCUCGGCUAAAGUGGGCUACACUUCUUCAGAAAGGGGCCCUGUAUUCAAGCAUGAUUGGGAGUACGGUAGAUAUGAGGCAGAUGGCCGAGAAAGCAUUCGAGGCGAGGGUGGAAUUACUGGGCUCAGAUGACCUGGAGACUAUGGACUCCGCGAUGACAAUCACUCGAGCGUAUAUACUUGAGAGUCAAUGGAAUAAAGCAGAGGAGCUAGCGAAGCGACUGGUAUCGGAUUAUAGCCACCUACUUGGAGAGGAGCAUCCCGUCAUGCUCAAAGUGACAACCUAUCUGGCCUUGACCUACUGGUAUCAAGGCCGAUGGCAGGAGGCAGAGCUACUGAAUUUGAAAGUACUCAAGAUACAAGAGCGAAUCCUUGGUGAAGAGCACUUGGAUACCGUGACGAGUUUAAGUAAUCUAGCUUUAACACACUGGAACCAAGGUCGGUGGCAGGAAGCGGCAUUGCUACACUCUCGAGUGCUCGAGAUCCGAAGGAAGGUGCUUGGCCCCAAUCAUCCAGAUACUCUUACCAGCAUGAGUAACCUCGCAACAACAUACUGGAACCAGGGAAGAUGGCACGAUGCGGAGAUAUUGGGAAAGGAUGUCCUUGAUAUCCGCAUUCGUUUGUUAGGACGAGAGCACGCAGACACUUUGACUAGCAUGAAUAAUCUCGCUUCGGUCUACCGCAACCAAGGCCGUCUGGCAGAAGCUGAAUCCUUGUCCGUACAGGUCCUUGAGACAUACCAGCAUCUCCAAGGGCGGGAGCAUCAGAAUACCCUCGGUAGCAUGAAUAACCUUGCAUCAGACUAUCGAAACCAAGGUCGAUGGAGCGAAGCAGAAGCACUUCAAAAACAAGUUCUGAAGUCUCACGAGAAAGUAUUGGGCCUGGAUCACCCCGAUACCUUGAACAGUAUGGCCAACUUGGCAGCAGUAUAUCGCAACCAAGGUCGUUGGGGCGAGGCUGAAGCCUUACAACUGCGCGUGCUUGAGAAAAGUCAGAGAAUAUUGGGGCCUAUGCAUCCGGAUGUGCUUAUGUCCCAGAACGAUCUAGCAUUGAUCUACAAAGACCAGGGGAGACUGAACGAGGCGGUGGAAAUUCUGCUGCAAGUCACAGAAUCUCAGACAAUACAACUUGGCAGAAAGCAUCCAGACACGCUUUUCGCUAUGGGAAAUUUGGCUUCAAUCUUCUUUGACCAAUCCCGGUGGAAGGACGCUGAAUCGUUGUUGACUGAAACUCUUCAAAUGGGCCGGGAAGUACUCGGACCAGAUCACCCAAGUGUGCUUUCGAACAUGAAUGCUCUGGCAGUUAACCACAGAAGUCAAGGCAAGAUCGAUGAUGCCGAACAAAUGCAACUGAUGGUCAUGCAUGCUCGUCAGAGAACCCUGGGUCCGGAGCAUCCUGACACGCUGAAUAGCAUGGAAGAUCUGGCGUUGCUUCUUUUUGAUAAGGGCCAGCGGGAGGAGGCUGAAAACCUUGAGAGAAAGGUGAAACAAAUUCGAGUGAAAAUAUUUGGAGAACGACACCCAGACACAACAAAAGCGAUUGACCUCCUUGGUAAAUUCUCCCAAAAGAGAACUUCGAAUAAGACAUCCGACUACGAAGACUCAGACUCGGACCUUUCAGAUUCAGGAUCCAUCAUUACUACUUUCUCGCUUGCCGGCGGUGCCUCUUCCAAUUCAUCGUUCGAUCAACCAAUAUUUAUCAGUGGUGUGGAUAUACUUUCUGCCUCACUGUUAAGAAAUACCCAUUUUCAAGAACUCUGCAAAUCUGCGCUCCUGGAGAAGCGAUAUCCAAGAGCCAAGGUUCACAGAAACCUAACGAAACUUCUCCGGCUUUUUUCAUCUCAUUUGGGUCGAGAGACACAAGCAAAAGACCAUAUGAAUGUCAUUCAAUUUGUGCAACGAGCAUCAUUCCACAUUGCAAGCCGAAUAUUGCAAAGCCCUGAGAUCGUUGGCCCUUCUGGACUCAAGGAAUCUAACCUUAGCCAGCUUUCGCAGGAAACCGCGAAGGCUAGGAUAGACGAGUACUUCAAGUCACAGCGAAAUCAGGUCGGGCUCGCCUCCAACCAGCAAACUUCAGAGGAGCGCUCAAGCGCCAAUCCUUUACCCGAACCUCGAGGUGUUGAACGGGCCGAGUCCGACUCGGAUGAGUAUUCGAGCCUUGAUGGACUGGAUGAACAAGAAGCUCAAGACCAGACGAUUGGAGAUAACUUUCAUAUUGUUGAGGAAUUUUUGUUCAGAACGACCGCGUUCCCAACCAUGGAAAGAGAAUUUUUUGAUUUUGUUUUCCCUUCAUUCCGCUCCAUCAUGAUGCGCUGGAUUUCAAAGCAGCGUGGAUCUGGAGCCUUCACACAAAAGCAGCUCCAGAACCUCGAGGCGAUAGUUAGCGAACUGCAACAUAUCACUCCUGAUCGAAUUUCUUUCAGUUUGCAAGACACGUCCUCCGCAGUAAACAAAAUCAAAGGCAGGUGGGAGAGGUUUACGGGAGAGACAUGGGACUGGUGGCCACUAGCUCCAUACAUGCGCCCCCUGGCGAGGGGCGAAGCUCGUUUACAUUGGAAUUGUGUAAGUUGA